UUUCUUUCUUGCUGCUGCACUUCAGCUCCAGAACAAGGGGUCUUUCGCAUUCCCUUCCAAACAAACAGGCUCUUAAAUUAUUUUAUUAUUAUUAUUUUUUUUUUUAUAAAAACACAGCUCCGAUAAAAAAGAAAAGAUUUUUGCAGUGAGAGAGAGGGAAAGUCCGCGAUCUGAAGAAAACCCAUCUUUCUCUCUCUCUUAUUGUGGACGGUCCAGCAUUGUACCUGUGGGGGCUCCUCUAAAAUGUCUGCGUACAGAGCUGAAGACGACUAUGACUAUCUCUUUAAGGUCGUCUUAAUCGGCGAUUCUGGCGUUGGCAAGUCCAAUUUGCUUUCCCGCUUUACCAAAAACGAGUUCAGCCUCGAAACUAAGUCCACCAUUGGCGUCGAGUUUGCUACUCGCAGUUUGAGUAUUGAUGGCAGGGUUAUCAAGGCUCAGAUUUGGGACACCGCUGGCCAAGAACGGUACCGAGCAAUUACAAGUGCCUACUAUCGAGGAGCAGUUGGUGCCCUGCUUGUGUACGACGUUACUCGACACGCUACCUAUGAAAACGUUGAGAAGUGGUUGAAAGAGUUGAAAGAUCAUACAGAUCCUAACAUUGUAGUCAUGCUGGUUGGAAACAAAUCCGAUCUUCGUCACCUUGUGGCAGUCCCAACCGAGGAUGCAAAAUCGUUUGCUGAAACAGAGUCCGUCUACUUCAUGGAAACCUCUGCACUUGAAUCCACGAACGUGGACAACGCGUUCGUUGAAGUGCUUAAACAAAUCUACCACUUGGUGAGCAAGAAGGCUAUGGAAGCUAGCAACGAUGCUGCUGCAUCAGUUGUUCUAGCAAAAGGGGAGAGAAUCGACAUCAGCAAGGACGUGUCCGACAUAAAGAAAGGUGGUUGCUGUUCCAGCUAAACUUGCAAUCUGAAGUUGGUGCAGCAGGAUGUCACCUGGGGCACAUGUAUUUUAUCUAUCUAUGGUAUACACAGUGAUUUUGUGAAACCUUUCUAGGGAUGCACAGAAUAGGGAAGGGAUUUUGAUUACUGAUAAGUUAACUCGUGAUGCCAAAAGUUGUGAUAUGCUUGAGGCUGCUGGUAAACUUGGGAGUUGGGAAUUACAGUUGAUACUCAUUUGAGUUUGAGGGACUUUGUUCCUAUGCUGAGCACAUUAUUGUCUCAAACGCUCCAACAUUUGUUUCAUUGCUUGUAUUUUGCGUAAACUACAGUUAUAAAAAACAUCUCUGGUAUUUUCUUAUUCA